AUGAGGUGUCCAUGGAAGCUCGUGAGUCAGAGUGCAGACCUCGAGGUGAGUGAAGGGGGUUUUGCAGAUUGGUCACCGAGGUUGGUAAAGUGUGGCAGCCUGGAGCAGCCGCCCCCCGCGGUCUCAGCUGCGCAGCGCCUGGCAGACCGCCUCAGGGACACCGGACUGCCGCCGCCACCUCCACGUGGAGCGCAGGAGGGAGAGGGGUGCGCCGGCGCCCUGGCGCAGCUCCGCCGCCUCUCGUGGGUCGAAAUCUGGGAACUCGUCGAGGAGCUUGACUGCCGGGUCGCUGCCGACUGUAUCGACAACCACUGUGUACCGAGGUUGAACAACAUGAAAUGGAACAUGACAACGCUGCAAACAGAUGAUCUGAGGCAUCAUAUCCUGUCCCAGUCAGUGCAUGGUGUUCGACAAAUCACAAGAGCCACGGUCGGCAUGGUGAAUUGUGAGUGGUGGCGUCCUGUUCAGUUUGUGGAUAAACCUGAGCUGCAGACCCCGUCGGCUGUUUUCCGGGAACGCCUCUCCAGCUACUUGCGGGAAUUGGCGCAGCUGCUCUCACUCGGUGCGACGCACGCCUCACAGCUGUUGCUUCCCCUCGCAUUCGAACGUACGUUCGUUACAACUGCUCGAACUCUUCCCAGCUUAACAUUCACGUGGCAUUUCCCAGGACUCCAUGAGAAGACGAUAGCGCAGCUGACACUUGUGGCUCGACGCCAGUGGUGGCCCCCUGUGCUCACCUCUGCCAGCCAGCACUCUCCGUGUGGCACAGCAAUGUCCCAGCCGCCGCAGCUACAGAGGACGCGCAACGAUAACGAAGGUCCACCAGUUUGCGCGUGUUGCGUCAGCGAGCGGCUUUGUUAA